AUGUCCAGCCUUGGGACGCUUGCUUUUGAUGAGUAUGGAAGGCCCUUCCUCAUUAUUAAAGACCAGGACACGAAGACUCGGUUAUCCGGCAUCGAUGCAUUGAAGUCACAUAUUAUGGCAGCCAAGGCAGUAGCAUCAACGCUUAAAACUUCUUUGGGACCCAAUGGUUUGGACAAGAUGAUGGUUGAUAGAGAUGGAGAGGUUACUGUCACAAACGAUGGGGCCACUAUUCUUAGCCUGAUGGAUGUGGAUCACCAAAUUGCCAAGCUAAUGGUAGAACUCUCAAAGUCUCAAGAUGAUGAAAUUGGUGAUGGAACCACUGGAGUUGUUGUGCUGGCUGGAGCAUUGCUGGAGCAGGCUGAGCAGCUGCUGGAUCGUGGGAUCCAUCCCAUCAGAAUCUCUGAUGAACCACUCAUUCAGACAGCUAUGACAACCCUGGGAUCUAAAGUUAUUAACCGAUGCCACAGACAGAUGGCUGAAAUUGCUGUAAAUGCAAUUUUAACUGUGGCCGACAUGGAGAGAAAAGAUGUGGAUUUUGAGCUUAUAAAGAUGGAGGGAAAGGUUGGAGGAAAACUUGAAGACACACAACUCGUAAAGGGAGUCAUUGUAGAUAAAGAGUUCAGUCAUCCCCAAAUGCCAAAGGAACUGAAAGAUGUGAAAAUUGCAAUUCUUACCUGCCCAUUUGAGCCACCAAAGCCGAAGACCAAGCAUAAGUUGGACGUUACAUCAGUUGAGGAUUACAAAGCUCUCCAAAAAUAUGAAAAGGAUAAGUUUGAGGAGAUGAUCCAACAGGUCAAAAGUAACGGCGCUAAUUUAGCCAUUUGUCAGUGGGGCUUUGAUGAUGAGGCAAACCACCUUUUGCUGCAGAAUGAGCUCCCUGCUGUGCGUUGGGUGGGAGGACCUGAGAUUGAGUUAAUUGCAAUAGCCACAGGAGGUCGCAUUGUGCCCAGGUUCUCUGAACUGACUCCAGAGAAGCUUGGCACAGCCGGAUUGGUGAAGGAAAUCUCUUUUGGCACCACAAAAGACAGAAUGUUGGUUAUUAUGGAAUGCAAAAACACCAGAGCUGUUACCAUUUUCAUCCGUGGAGGAAACAAAAUGAUCAUUGAGGAAGCCAAGCGAGCGCUCCAUGACGCCCUUUGUGUAAUUCGUAAUUUGGUCAGAGAUAACCGUGUGGUGUAUGGUGGUGGUGCCUCUGAAAUUGCCUGUGCAUUGGCUGUUAAUCAAGCUGCUGACAAGUGCCCGUCUUUGGAGCAGUAUGCCAUGAGAGCAUUCGCUGAUGCUCUUGAGGUUAUCCCAAUGGCUUUGGCAGAAAACAGUGGUCUGAACCCCAUCCAAACCAUGGCAGAGGUCAGGGCCAAACAAGUCAAAGACAACAACUCUUUCCUGGGCAUUGAUUGUCUUAACAAAAACACUUUCGACAUGAAACACCAGCAUGUAAUUGAAACUCUUAUUGGCAAGAAGCAGCAGAUCCUCCUGGCCACACAAGUUGUGAAGAUGAUUCUCAAAAUUGAUGACAUACGAAGCCCUGGCGAAACCGAGGAUUAA